AUUUUUUGACAGUUCAACUGUGAACCACUUUUUUACCGUAGUUUGACACAGCUCCUGACAUUUUUACAUAAUAUUCUUCCUAAAGGGCCGGAAGCUACAAACGAUGUCACUAACACAAGUUGUACGUAGUUGCAGCCGAUUUGCUGCUACAGCAAACACACUGCGUGUGACUGCCGCAGUUUCAUCCACUGUCCAGCCACAAUUGCGUAUGAUGCACAGGAUUAACGUCAACACACCUGCCAUGAGCAUUUUGCUGCAGCAACAUACAUACAAAACAAAGUCAUACGAGAUUCGCAACUAUGCAUCAGCUAAACGUAGUUUGGAGGAAAUUCAAGAUCGUGUUUUGAAAGUAGUUGCAAGCUAUGAUAAAAACAAAUCUGCCUGGCAAUCACAAUCGGUGCGAAACUAUUCUGCAAAGCCGCCACUUACACUUAAAUUGAUCAGCGAACGUGUCUUACUCGUACUGAAACUCUAUGACAAGGUUGAUCCUAGCAAGCUCAGCGUGGACUCGCAUUUCAUUAAUGAUCUUGGUCUCGACUCACUGGACCAUGUUGAGGUGAUUAUGGCGAUGGAAGACGAAUUUGGUUUCGAAAUUCCCGAUUCAGAUGCCGAAAAGUUGCUUAAGCCUGCCGACAUCAUAAAAUAUGUUGCCGACAAGGAAGACAUAUACGAUUAAGCAGUUAAAAUAUUAGACCUGUAAAGGAUAGUAAUACACACAAGUGAAAUGUAAUUUGAUUGGCCACACGAAAUACGUGUAAUUUACUUUUACUGUUAAACCAAAUACAAACUAAAAGAAUAAAAUGUAUGUAUUCAUUAGCAUUAAA